AUGUCUGCUGUAUAUCUCCUCUUCCUGCUGAUCCCUCUGGUGUCAGCGCAGACCUAUCAUUGGGGUCCCUGUCCCACUCCGAAGGUGCAGCCCGGCUUCAACCUUCAGCAGUACCUGGGCAAGUGGUAUGAGAUUGAGAAGCUCCCUGCUUCCUUUGAGAGGGGAAAGUGCAUCGAGGCGAACUACGCCCUAAGGAGAGAUGGUACCAUCAACGUGUUGAACAUUCAGCUCUAUAAAGACAAGAUAAGGAAGGCAGAAGGGACAGCAGUGAUUCGUGAUCCAAGAGAACCAGCUAAACUGGGCGUCAGCUUCUCCUAUUUUACUCCCUACAGCCCAUACUGGGUUCUGGCCACCGACUACACCAGCAUGGCCGUCGUGUACUCCUGCACUGACAUCCUUCGCAUAUUCCACAUCGACUACGCCUGGAUCCUCAGCCGGUCACGCUUCCUGUCUACACAGAGCGUGCUGUACGCCAAAGAGCUGAUGAUGGGCGAAGGAAUUGACCUGUGUAAGAUGAAAGCCACGGUUCAGACAGGCUGUAAGGAUAACUAG